CCUAAGCCCCCAAAAUGCUUAUUUCCAACAUGUGUUGCAAAACCACAGCUGAAUAGGCAAACUGUCAUUUAAAAUUAUGUAAUUGUUAGAAAAUAAAUUAUUCAACCUCUUUGUCACAGUGACACGGACACGAGGGCAAGCGCACUGAGCAUCUUUGGUCGCGUUCAAAGGGGGACUACUCUGAAAACAGGAACUGUCUUGGCUACAACGUAGAUGACCGGAGUUUUUGUUGCAGUCGGCGCAUUUUCAGGCAGACAACAUGUGUACUGGAAAGUGCUCCCUUUUCAUUGCGAUCUCUCUGUACCCCUUGGUUCUUCUGUCCAUCAUCUGCAACAUUUUGCUCUUCUUUCCUGACUGGAGCACCAAGGCUGCCAAAGAGGGACACAUUACUGAUGAAGUGAAGUACAUGGGAGGAUUCAUCGGUGGUGGCGUCCUGGUGCUGAUCCCAGCGCUGUACAUUCACUUGACUGGAGAACAAGGCUGCUGUGCAAAUCGCUUUGGGAUGUUCUUUUCCAUCAUAUUUGCCGCAGUGGGUGCGGCUGGUGCCGUAUACAGCUUCAUUGUGGCGAUGCUCGGCUUCUCUAAUGGGCCUCUGUGCAGAACCACAGCUGGCAAAUGGGAACAACCGUUUUUGGACAGGAACCUGGUUCAUGUGAAAAGCUCUAAUGUCUGGAACGAGUGUGUAGAGCCAAAGAACGUGGUCCAGUUCAACAUGGGUCUGUUUAUCACCCUGAUGGUGGCCAGCGUUCUGCAGGCUCUCCUCUGUGCCAGCCAGGUGAUCAACGGCCUCGUCGGAUGCAUCUGUGGAACCUGCAACGACAAGCAGGAAGCCUGAGUUCGUGGGCAUGAAGAGUUCAAAAAGCUGCCGCCAUGCAACACUUGGAAAUGAGCUCCUGGUUGCUUUUUAAAUAAAAUGCUUGUUAAAAUUGAUGUUCUCUUCAACUGCAUUAGCUUAUUUCCACAAUAUAUUACAGAUGCUUGAUUCUGCUGCAGUGUAUUAAUCUGAGGAUAUAAGUGUUGGAAAUAUCCAUGCACAUAAAUUGAAUAAUGAAAUAAAAUGUUUUAACAGACGGCA